AUGAUUGUGACCUUUAGAGACCAAACUAAUCGACUCAUUAGAAUUAGCCAAGAGGAGAUUGUUUACAUACGCAGUUCUGAAGUAGACAUCCCUGACCAAUCUGAGACAAUGGGUGAAAAAUUGAACCAAGACCGUAGUAUGAAGGAGCACAUGUACCCAACUAGGGAAAGCCAACCCUCGUGUAUUGUUUUACCAGCUGAUGUUGGUCAAUUUGAGCUAAAAGCUAGCACAAUUAAUAUGUUGCCUGUGUUUAGAGGGGUUGAUGCUGAAAACCCUUACAACCAUGCAAGCACCUCAACUUGUAAUGAUACUCCACGAGAUCAUGUGAAUGCUGUCACCACUCUUCGUAGUGGUAAAGUUGUUGAAAACAAUGUAGGUGUACCACAGUCAGUGGAGCCUAAAUCAGACUCACCGGUUCAUACAACUCCACAGAAAACACCUGUUGUGGAAAAUGAAUAUGAGCAUGAUAGUGACUCUAAGAAUUCCACUGAUGUUAAUGUCCCUGCACCAUCUCAUGUCCCAGUUGCUCCAUUUCCUCAACGAUUGGUAAGUUCAAUUAUCCAAAACAAGACCCCACCUAAGUGUAAAGACCCAGGUAGUCCAACUAUCACAUGCACUAUAGGUGACCAUACAAUCGAUAUGGCUUUGCUAGACUUAGGUGCAAGUGUGAACCUUAUGCCAUAUUCUGUGUAUAAGCAAUUAGGUCUUGGGGAGCUGAAACCCACUCAUGUUACGCUACAAUUAGCGGACAGAUCUGUGAAAAUCCCUCGUGGUAUUGUUGAAGAUGUGUUGAUUAAGGUUGAAAUUUUUUAUUUUCCUGUGCACUUCAUUGUGUUAGAUACUCAACCUGUGCAAUAUCCUGAUAAUCAUAUUCCUGUCAUUUUAGGACGUCCUUUCUUGGCGACGUCCAAUGCUAUCAUAAAUUGUUGUAAUGGAGUGUUGAAUUUGUCCUUUGGUAACAUGACCGUGGAACUAAAUGUUUUUAACAUUAGUCAACAACCCAUGGAUUGUGAUGAUAGUAUUGCAUGA